AUGACUCCAAUAACUAUUAUUUCUUUAGCAUCAGUCCUUUUCAGUUUAACUGUGAGUGUGAACAGUCAAACAUGCCAAGGUUUAUCUCAAUAUGGUCAAUGUUCAUCGAAUUCGGCAUGUGGAUGCUUACACUUGUCCUUUGCUGAUGAUAUUGGUAUUUGUGCCCUUCUUGGCGCAAGUUGUUCCAGACUUACACCAUGUCGAGCCCCAAACGACGCUUGUGACGGAGCAGAUCAUAUUUGUGUUCGCCAUCCUCAAUGUGAUUCACUUCCCCUUUGUUAUCCUUUAUCGAUGGCAGAUCAACGACUGUGUCCAUCGAUGAUAACUCCAACUUCGACCAUGACUACACCCGGACUUUGGACGACUGCUACAACAGGAUCUUCUUCAACAACAGCAUUUUGGAACGCAACUACAACCGGAUUCGAAGGUACAGCACCGUACGGUAAUACAACUGGAUUCUCUGAAAACUCUACUUAUUCUUAUUAUUCAAAUACAUUAACUUUCAACAGUACACGAUAUCCAAAUGUAAGCAAAUAUUAUCAAGCAAUUCAAGUAAUUGCUUAUACAUCAGGAACAUAUAGUUUGGCGAGUUCAAGUAGCAUGGAUACAUACGGUUAUCUCUACGGUGGAACCUUUGAUCCAUUCAAUACAAAUUACAACUUAUUAGCACAAAAUGAUGAUCAAGGUGGUAAUAAUCAAUUUCAGAUGAUAGUUGAUUUACAGGCUGGUGUUCCAUAUACACUAGUCUUUACAACAUACCAAGAGAAUGUAAUUGGUCCAUUCUCAGUUAUUGCGGCGGGUCCAGAUUAUGUUCAAAUGGUAUCGAACAACGCCUUCGGACAAGAAACGACUAGUAAUUAG